UUCAACAAGCUACAGCAGCAGUACUAGCACACUCUACUGGACUAGACUGGGUUACAAAACUUCAUAACAACACCAUUCUGAAGUCAUUGUAUCUGCUUUGACCCACACUGACGCACAAGACAGUGGCUAUCAAUGUAACUAAGUCAGUUUAAAGCUGUUAUCAUCAUUUAAUUUCUCUUUAUUUUCAUCGCUGUUCGCGUCGUCAAAAUUUAUUUCGCUAGUCAUAUGUGACAUUUUACGAGACGUACAGUAUUGCUGGUACAAUGGCUGAAGCAGCCCAGAACCAGAUGGUCGAGAUCGACCCGGACUUCGAGCCGCUUUCUCGACCCCGUUCGUGCACUUGGCCGCUGCCGCGACCGGAGUUCACCAACCCCGUAGCCGCCGACUCCAACACAUCGUCCCCGGCUCCGUCCGUCAAGCAGGAGCCCUCCAGCAACACGGACUUUAUCAACAACUUCAGUCUGCUGGAAGAGAAUGAGGACUAUCCUGAUCAGAAACCGCUCAUGUGCGGAGAUUUCCAGUGCCAAGAGAGCUGCAUCCACCAGCAGCACCAGCAGCAGCAGAUCCCGAGUCACCAGCAACAGGUGCCCGUGCUCUCCUCUCCAGUGGCCGCUGCCGCAGCCGCCGCCGCCGCGCAGCGCAAAAGCAGCUCGUCCCGACGCAACGCCUGGGGGAAUAUGUCAUACGCGGACCUGAUCACCAAAGCCAUCGAGAACUCCCCCGAAAAGCGGCUCACUUUGUCUCAGAUCUAUGACUGGAUGGUGAAAAGCGUCCCUUAUUUUAAGGACAAGGGGGACAGUAACAGCUCUGCUGGUUGGAAGAACUCAAUCAGACACAACCUGUCCCUGCACAGUAGGUUUGUCCGUGUGCAGAAUGAGGGCACGGGCAAGAGCUCUUGGUGGAUGCUCAACCCUGAAGGCGGCAAGAGUGGCAAAUCACCCCGACGCCGAGCUGCCUCCAUGGACAACAACAGCAAGUUUGCCAAGAGCAGAGGGCGAGCGGCAAAGAAAAAGCUGGCUCUGCAGGGUGGGCCUGAGGGGGGUGCAGAAAGCCCUGGAUCUCAGUAUGGCAAGUGGCCUGGUAGUCCGAACUCCCACAGCAAUGACGACUUUGAUGCCUGGACAGCUUUCCGGCCUCGCACCAGCUCCAAUGCCAGCAAUUUGAGCGAGCGUCUCUCACCCUUCAUUGAUGACGAACUUGGUGACUCUGAUGUCCACAUGGUUUACCCAGGCCCUGGCUCAGGGACCAAAAUGACCUCCACCCUCCCCAGCUUGUCUGAGAUGGCUGGUUCUCUAGGACACAGCGGCUCUGAAAAUGUCAUGGAGAACCUUCUAGAUAACCUCAACUUGCUCUCACCUAAGAACCCAUCGGUGGGGUCGGCAGGAGGGCCCGGGUCAGUGUCCAACCAAUCCUCGCCCUCCUCCCUCAUGCAGGCCAGCCCUGGUUACUCCCCCUACAACUCCCCAGGUCUAGCCGCGGUCAACCAGCAGACCCAACAAGACUAUCGUAAGUGUCUCUAUGGCCAGGCAGGAAUGGGCAGCAUGUCCUCCAUGCCAAUGCAGCCUCUGCCAGAAUCCAAGCCCAGCUUUGGUCCUGGUCCAGGAUCCAUGGGCCAGUUUAAUUGCACAGCAGGGUUAUUAAAGGAGCUUCUGACAUCUGACGGGGAGCCUGGAGAGCUCAUGCCCUCCGUGGACACUGUUGUUUCCCAGUCAAUUGGAGGCGGUGGAUGUAUGCUGCCUCCUUACAGCAGUGCCCGGAAUGAACUUAUGGGAGGUGGGGCUUCUCACACUCGCACCCUCUCCCAUCCGCACAACAUGCACAGACAAGCACGACCCCCAUCAGUGGCGAUGAACGUGCGGACACUGCAUCCCUUGACUAGCAUUGGCCACAGCAGUGCUGCUGGACGACUGGAAAGCAUCAAAACAGCCAUGCAGGUGCAGUAUGGUGGCGCUGCACAUCUUGGUUGUGGGCUCCCACCUUACUGCAAUGUCAACAGCAAUGGAUACGGCCGUAGCCCAGGGCUGAUGCCACACCAGCAGCACCAACACCUGGAGAAGCUGCCCAGCGAUCUGGAUGGGAUGCCCGUGGAGCGAUUCGAAUGCGACGUGGAGUCCAUAUUACAUGACACGCUCAUGGACGGAGAGUCGCUGGACUUCAACUUCGACCCCAUGGCCACCCAACAGGGUUUUGCACCUCACAGUGUAAAGACCACCACGCACAACUGGGUGUCUGGGUAAAAACUACACAUCUCAACUGGAGAUCAGCAAUGCUGAGCAGCUGUAUACACCGAUCCAAACCUAACAUGAAUCCCUCAUCAAGGACCUCAAUUAAUACUUCUUCUUUCACAGAGGUGGUGCAAUACGACCUCACACUGCCAAGCAAAUGGGCUCAAUGUGGAGCUAAUUUACAAAAACACUUUUCCUCCGACACUGGGACUUAAAUUCAAACCAAGUGCCAAACCAGGUGCCUGUGAGCCAUAGCCAAAUUGACAAGCUUAAUUUUGUUGCCUUUUUCUCACUGUAGAGAACCAGUGGUCAAAUCAGGACAAUGACAACCUGAGGCCCUUACAGCUGCUGCAACACAUACAUAAACCAAUGUCCACACAAAUAUUAUACAUUUGAGGCAAACUGUGAUAAGGCAGAACCACCAAAUUCAACAUCUGGCACCACAAAAGUACAUAUGAUACUCAUUGAAGCAGCGACAUGCAUGUUAAUAGAUCUCUUUUAAAUGUCGCGUUGUCAGUUUAAAGUGCUACCCUGCAAUAUAUGUUGAGGGUUAUAAUGCGUUCGUGCUGUGCUUCAUGGAGACUUCAUGAUUGGCCUUAUUGUGAAGAAGAACUGGAACAGCCUGGAAUGACUGUAAAUAGAUUCAUUUACAAAAGGUCCUGAACAAACACAAUCUCAAAAAAGUUAGGGAAAUUUUCGGUGACUAGUUGAACUACGUCAAACACAGCGUAUCGUAACACUUUUGUUUCUGUCACGUCAGUCAGCGUAUGUGACAUUGUGCAGAUGUACUACAUUUCUAAAGAGUGUGUUACUAUAACUUGGUAUACAGAGAGUUUACACAAUGAUAUCAACAAUCAGGGCAACAGAUUUAAUGUUGUUUUGUACAAACUGGAUCUGACAUUUUACAUAUUGGUGGUCUUACACAAAAGGGUGUUUCUCAUUCGAAUUGUACACAUCUUUCAACAUCUUUUGUAAAUACAUGAAAUAUAUAUUUCAAAGGCAUAUUAAGUAGAAAUAUUGAGGGUUUUCUUUCUUUUUGUAUUAUCUGAAUUAUUGUUAUUGCUGUUUAUUACUGGCUUCAACUGACAAUAAGCUGUGUAUAGUGCAUUUCAGCAGAGUUUUGGGGCCCUCAAAGAACAAAAACUCAAUUUUUUGAAUAUUUCACUAGUGUUUUUCUACUUUGAAAAAGUACAUUGUGGCCCAUAUAAGAGCAGAAUGGGAAAUAAAAGAUUGAGACUUUAUGAAGAUCUCGGUCUGAAAAUUCCCUUCAUAAGAAAACUUGACAUUUUGAAAAAUUGUUGGAUUUGUGUUUAAAAGGACAGUUUACUCAAACAUUAUUAUUCUGUCACCAUGCACUCACCCAAUGUUGUUCAAAACCUUUAUUUCUUUCUUCAGCUGAAAUCAAAAGUAUAUUAUAGGUACAAUGUUAGCCUCAGUAACCAUUCUCUUUCAUUGUAUUGAAAAAAAGAGACUCACACACAGUCAAACAGUGUUCCAUGGACAAAAAGAAAGUCAUGUGGGUUUGGAUCAACAUUAGGGUGAGUAAAUGAUGACAGAAUUUUCAUUUUUGGGUGAACUAUCCCUUUAAGUAUUGCUCACAGGGCCCCCAAUGCCAUUAGAUCCUUGUGACAGUGGCUGAUAUUGUAGUUCAGAAUAACAGCACAAGAAGACUCUCCUAUGCAUUUGCCACCGUAUUGAAUCUGUUCCUGUAGUAAUUCAACAGUCCUCUGCCUUUAAGAAAAUGUAGAGCAUUUUUAAAAACAUUAUUUAUUAGGCUAAAGAAGAAGCGAUGUGAUUGAAUCAUAUCACAGUGUAUAAUUUACACUUAUAUUGUAUUUCUAUUUAAUUUCUCUUCUCUCACAAAUUUUAAACACUGUGAUGUAUACGUACUAAUUUUGUGGUGAUUUUCCAAGAUUGUUCUGCCUCAAAAACAUCUCUUGAACUCAAAGUAUACCCAUCUUUUUUCAUUUGCACAUGCAUAUCUCACUCCCUUUUCUGCAGAUUUCAACAGAUUUGGUUAUUUUGCACCUAUAUGCAGACAUUUAAACGUUGCAAACUGGCAAGUGUACUGUAUAUUGAACCAGGGUGAAAGUAUCAUUGAUCAUUCAUUAAAGACUUUGUUCGAAAUGAUUUCUUGAAUAGUGUUAUAAAACAGAUAUCGAAGACAUUUUUAUGCUUUGUAGAUUUAAAUAUGUGAGGUGCUGACUAAUGGACAGUUAUUUUUAAAUGAUUAAUGUUAUUAAAGAGUUUUUUUUGUAUAAUUUGGGGACACUUACAAUGUGUCCCACCUAGGCACGACGUGAUAAAAGCUCACUUCCAUGUAAAUCUGAGUUUUUAUCCUACUCUGCCGCGAUGAGCAACAGGGCAUUUUGUCAGUUGUUUGGUUUCUAUUUCUUUGCCGUUGUGCUUGGUAGCCCCGCCCACAAUAAAAUCUCAUUGGUCCAAAAACAGUCUGGAUCCAGAAGUAAAAAUCGUAUUCAUUUUUUCCAUAGACAAAUAGAUUUUGAAUGAUAACUUCUUAACCUUCUUAGCUCGGAGGUUGUUAAUCAAUGGUUGAAGCCAUUUGUCCGUGAUAUUUAAUUUGAUAUAAAAAUAAAAAAAAUUAACAUUCCUGGUGAAAAACUAAACAACCUAUAAUCCUGAAUAAGAAAAAUCCACCAAUCAGAGAAUGGUGGCAAACAAAUCACACCAAAAGUGCUUUGCAGUGACCGCCCACUCCUAUGAAGCACGUCGAAUUACAUAAUUUAGUCUCCCUGUACUCUCAAAAUACUUACUACAAUUUACAUAUAUUUUAUCCUUAUAAUCAACGCUUUUAAAUCAAUAGUUUUACAUUUGUCAUUCGCACUGCAUCAUGGGAUGAAAUCAAGUACACAGUCUUUUUCCUUUUUUUUUUGCAAACAAUUUUUUUUUUGUUUCAAAUCAAAGUUUGUAAUGUUGUGAUGCAUCUUUUAUAAAGCUGGUAUUUUUUGUUUUGUUUUUAAAUCUCUAUGGAAAAAAUGAAUGAGAAAAAUACUUCCAGAAUCAAGACGGUUGAGAAAAAGGGUGCUGUUUUAUUCCUGUGGCGUUCUAGCCCCGCCCACAGUACAAUUGAAUUGAUCCAAAAUCCUGCACCACAUAUUGGCAUAGUAAACAAUCAAAUAUGUUCUGAUUGGCUGUGAACGUGUGGCAUCAUGCAGCAUUUCCGCUCUCAGUGUGGACAAAUGGUCAGAUGUCUGUUAAAUUCACAAACAUCUCACGUCAUUAAAUGAAUAUCCAUUUACCUCUGACCCACACUGCCUCAGUCAACACAGAUCCAGUAUAUUUUACAAAAAUGACUGUGUCCACCAUUAAUAUCCAUAAAACACAAAGCAUGGCAUACAUAUGCUUUGUGAAUUUAGCAUGUGACCCCACCUAUGGGGUCACCUGUGUACUUUGAUGAUAAUUAUUUGACCGAGUUUGCGAUAUUUGAUAUUUUAUAGAGCUGUGGAGUCGAUUUAACGUCGCUUGUUAGUUCAUAGUUCUGACGAAUAUGAAGUAUAUUUAGAGAGUAGAAGAUAAUUUACAUGCAACGCCGUUAUCCUUGUAUUUAGCAGCAGCUUGUAGAAAAACAAUAUAUAUAUAUAUAUAUAUAAAAUUGAAAAAUAAAUUGGAGGAAAAUGUCUUGUUCGGUUUGGACCAAUUUUUUUGAAAAACUAUAAACUGUAAAUCAAAAUAUUGCACUUUUUCCAUAAAUAUAAUGAGUUCUCUUAGAGAGAGAAGACAGAAUUGAAGAUGAUCUAUAUUGAAAAAAACUGUUACAUUUCUUAACUUAUGUACAGAAAUGAUUUGAUUCACAAUCAAAAGAUGAUAUAACUAUCUAAAAGGUGCAAUUUGUUUAUAUAGUUGAGAAGUCAAAAGAGAAACUGAUUGAAGACAAUGUUAUUCUGACUAAUGCCAAUACUGACAUAUAUGUAUAUUGUAUCUUCAUUCUUUAGUUUGUCAGCUGUGAGCAAACAGUUUGUGAAAUGUGAGGCCAUAGCACUAGUUUUGCUCUUGAUGCUGCUGUAAAAAGCCAUGUGUAUAUAAAUGAUGUUAUAUAAAGACGAAUCUA